AAGAAUCUGAUCUGAAACAUAAAAAUGUCUUUAAACAACUUUUCGUCAAACAGAUAUGGUGAUUACAAGUAAACUAAGAACUUAAGAAAUUAUGUGUUUAUCGAGUAACUGAAGCUUGUGAUAAACAUUGAUGGAAAAAGUUUCAUAAAUACCUUAACUUCAGUAAAAGUACUGCGGGGAAAAGAAACAGCUACAAGUAAAAGUCCUGCAUUCAAAACUUUGUUUGAGUAAAAGGAAGUAAGUAAAAUCAGCAACAGUAGAAGCAGUCAAUGUGCAGAGAAGUGGAGAGAAACUGGAUAAAAUGUGUAACUCAAGUAACUACAGCUGUCAGGCAGAUGUAGAGGAGCACAAGUAUAAAACACGCUUUUUCCAGGAACCAGGACACACUUCAGGACUCAGAGCUGAACACACCCUCCUGGUCCGACUGUGGGAGGAGGAUGCGUUGACGAGGAGGGUUCAAGUUCAAUUGGGACGGCCCCCCAAAAAAAGUCCCCACACAGGGAGGAAAAGAAAAGAAAGCAGGCAGAGAGAGAAACUCCGGCCGGUCAGCAGCUCCACUGAUGUUCAUCCACGACUAAAAACAAGACAUGCAUUCUGUAGGCAGGUCGUGGCUGCUGCUGACGGGCUUCAUCCUCUUUUAUAUCAUCUACCUGCUGUUCGGAGCGCUGGUUUUCUCCAGCAUCGAGCGGCCGGUGGAGGACAAGCUGCGCCAAGACAUGGAGGACCUGAAGCAGGAGUUUCUGAACCAGAGCUGCGUCAACGCCGCGUCCCUCGAACUGUUUCUGGUCAAAGUGCUGACGGCCAACAAGUACGGCGUGUCCGUCCUCAAGAACUCCACCGUUACUACGAACUGGGACCUGGCAUCCUCCAUGUUCUUCGCCAACACUCUGGUCACCACAGUCGGUUAUGGUCACACCACUCCUCUGUCUGACACUGGAAAAGCCUUCUCCAUCCUCUAUGCUCUGAUCGGCGUCCCCUUCACCAUGCUGGUGCUCACCGCCUGCGUCCAGAGGCUCAUGUACCCGCUGGUCCUCGCUCCCGUCAGCCUCCUGCACCGUUCGGGGAUGGAGCCUCGUCCGGCCACCAUCGUCCACUUUGUGCUGCUGGUGGUUCUGGUGUUGUUGCUGUUCUUUGUUGCGCCGGCGGCCGUGUUCAGCGCAGUGGAGGUGUCCUGGUCGUUCUUGGAUGGCAUCUACUUCUGUUUCAUCUCGCUGUGCACCAUCGGACUGGGGGAUUUUGUUCCGGGGACGCAGCCUGGGCAGACGUACAGGGCGCUGUACCAGGUGGCCGUCAUGGUCUACCUGUUCGUGGGUCUGAUGAUGAUGUACCUCCUGCUGCGCACCUUCCACAAAAUGGCCGACUUGCACGGCUUGACCACCUUCCUGCAGCUGCCUCGCUGCGAGGAGUCCGACCUGGACGAAGACAGGGAGCCCAUCGUGGAUGACCAACGUGAAGAUCAGAUGCCUUCUUGCCAAACACAAAAAGGAGCCAGCAAGCCCCUGGAGCCGGGAUCCCAGCCCUCGUACAACACCAUCAACAAGGGCUGAGCUGUGGGGAGGGAGAGAAGAAAACAAAGCUCUACCUCUGGUGGCCCCCUUGUGGUAAAACCUCCAGCCCGGUGGGCUGAAUCUGAAUUCUUGUCUUGAUUUUUGUCAUUUUGUCCUCUCUCGUCUCCUUUGUUACAAACAUCCAGAGGAUGAUACUGGUGAGGAAUCCAGAUGAGUGUUGAGAUUCAGCCUUUAUGAGAGGACCGCCAAACUGUUUGUGAAUGCUCUCUGCUUUCACAUACAGACGAAGAACUAAUUUUACCUGACUACGACAACCCACCUGGGCUAAAAGACAUAGAUGUUCCUUUUCCUCCUCCGCACCGGUGUUGUAGCUGUGGUGUGUUCACUGUUCGGGCUCGGCUACUGCACACACUCUACAGCCUCAGGAUGACACAUGAAGGGCUCAGACUUGUGAAAUACAGUUAGUUGUUUUUAGAGAACUUUUUUUGUAUAUUUUUUUCAUGCAUUGUCACAUUGUGCGACAGGUUUGGAGUUGCUAGUUGGGGACUAACACUUAUUGUAAAGCCUAUAAUUGUGCUGAAACUUAAAUCAGGUGGCAAGCACGACCUGUGGAUGACCCUCCCAUGUCUACUUCACAAAGAUCUUUUUACACCUUUAACCACAUUUGUUUUUUAUUUGGGUGUUUUGUUCAGCCCCUGUUUAUACUUCACAUCAAGGCCAAAAACACCUCCAGACUUUUGACCAGAACGUCCAGUCAUAUUUGUAGCCUCGACUUACUUGUACCUCGAUUUAAUGCAUUCUCCUGAGUGAUCACGACUGCAGUGAAAGGACGAAUUAAUCUAUUGGACCUUUUACAUCACCUCCUCAAAUAAGGUCGAAUGUGGUCGAGCAUUUAACACACUGGGGACAUCAAGUGGAACGUGUUCAGUCAGAUUUCCUGUGUGAAAUGGUAAUUUUCCUGUGUCUGGGUCAACCUAGAAGAGUUUAGACGAGCUGUGUGUUUGCCCCAGGAACACAGGUUGUCCUACUUUAUGGUGCCUCCCCCUGGUGUCCACAUGUAUGUAGCACGUUACUACACCUCCAGAACGGCAAUAAAUAGGGUCAAAGGGUUGGAAUAGAGGGAACGAGGAAAGGAAAACAUUUAGAGUGUUUUAUGGUGGUGACUGAGAAGUGAUGUUUUUCAGUGGAAAACCAAAUGUUACUUGUCAAACUUGUUCUGUUUAAUCCAUCAUAAUGAACAUUUAAAACGCACUUUAAUGUUCACAUCAUUUGUCUUUUACCAUGACAGUUGUAGUUGAAUGAACAGUUUCAUUAUAUCCUGAUACUGUAAGACAAGUUGCGUGUAUGUUGUUGAGUAAUGUGUUUAAUGUAUUCACUUUGGAUAACUGUAAAUUAAAGGAUUAUUCUGUA